GAUACGAUUAAUAAUUUUUAUAUAAAUUUAAUAACUUUUGAAAAUUGUUGAGCAUAGAGAAUAGUUAGAACGUUUAAUAUAUGAUUUGCAAUUUCGUUCAGAAUCAGAUUAAGCUCGCGGCCUUAUUAUAUUUCUUCUAAUUGGUGAAACAGAAAUAUUCAAGUUUGGCAAAGAAGUUUAAGGCAACUUUUUAAAAAGUUUUAAAAAAACCAGAAAAUGAAGAAAAAUCAAGAAAAAAGAAUUGUGAGUGUUGGCACAAUUAAUAAUUUACAUAGUUUUCAACCUUUUGUUUUUUUUAAACGCGGCAUCUCCAAAGAGUAGAAUUUCUAAAUAUUUUUAGAUUCUUGAUAAGAACUUAACACUGUUAGGUCUUCAUUCUAUUACUUGCAGGACCAAUGUUUAGUUAACAAUGUUGAGCAAGUCCAAGACAUAACAUAACCUAAAGCGAUAUAAAACUCUAGGCGUCAAUUUUGAAAAGAAGGUUAAAAAUCCAUAUUUUUCUGCCGAAUUUCUUAAGUAUGUUUACAAAGCCAUUUUUAAAAUAAUAAUACUACACGUUAGAGAAUGUUUCUACAUUGCAGUCAAACAAGGUUAUUCUAGCCGCACGCAUUUAGAAACGAUUUAGAGUUUUCCAGGCAUGUUAAGCGUAACAAAAUCGAUAAUAUUUUUACUACAUAGAGGCUUUUUGCCAAAGUUUUAAGUUAGGCGAGGAAAAAAAAACUGUCAUGAGCAGAUGAUUUUUUUGAAACUGUUGCCACUAAGAGAAGACACCAUUCUGAGCUUUAAAUGAUCUGAGAUGAGCACAAACUGUUUUUUAUGAGCUUAUACCCGCAAGCAGUGGACACAAUCGAGCUAGGUUUGGACACCAAACUGGCACCGCCAUCAUUCACUCCUUGCCAGCCACCUCCACCCCUCAUAUCUCCAGUCACCAUGCUGGACUUGGAGUGUGUGAAGCGACAUUGCACAAGCAGUGAGUCACACGUCACCAUGGAGAUCACCAAUUUGCCCCUGUCAUGUGAUCAGAGGUGUGAUAGGGACGAUCUCAGCCAGUUCGACAGGCCAGUGUUCGAUGGUCCCAGAAUAUUCUACUGGUGGUCUUGGACGUUGGGACUGACAGAUCUUCUGGAAGACUCCAGAAGGAAAGACCCUCUCAGCUGUUUCCUUCGCCCAUUCAUCAAGACUCUAGUUGUGCUGAUUCUGCACGCUUUUGCUGUGCACUACGUGAUAUUGCUUGGCACUCCCAACAGAAGCGGCCAUUUGUGGUUCACUCUGGUGGUCUCAGUCGACGCUGUGACCACCGUCAUUCCAAUGGACAUUCUGCUUCUGAGAGUUAAAAGAGUCCGAAAGCUGACCUGCCAGCUUCAGACGUUGCAUUUCGAAAAGUCUGCCUCAGAGACUAAGAGUUACAAGUGGGAGACUCUGGCCGUUGUGGUCACUAUUCUGUUUUUAAUCUUUUACGUGGUGGCCCUAUCCAUCAUAAUCCAGUCUUGGGACAUACACCACAUGCUGGAAGCUCAUCUACCCUACGUUCAGUCCGUGUGCGUCUCGGAGGAGUGCGCUUACAACGUGGUGCUUCUGGUGUGGGGCAGUCACGUGAUGCUCAUAUGGGGUGUCAAAGCUUUCCUCGUUCUUUUCUUCUGCUUCAUAUGCAGCAACAGCCAAUUUCAGUUCGAGUGUCUGAACAAGAGCCUCAUCCUGAUGAAGGGAAAGGCUGACGUCGUGGAGGCCGGUAUGGUGCACGACAUCGCGGUCGACCACAACAAGCUCUGCGAACUCGUCUUCGAGGCUGAUCGUCUCUUCAACGCUUCUGUCUUCAUUUGGUUUGCUUUCGUGUUGCUCGUCAUCUGCGUAGAGGUCAACAGCUUUCUCCGUCAGGAGAAAGGUCUCAUAUCGAGCGGCGGAACGGUCAUCAUGGUCUUAGAUUUCCUAUACGCUAUAGCCAUAGUGAUCUUUAUCGUCAUAGGUGGCUGCAGGGUAGCCGAGGUAGCUUUGCAGACCAUUCCCUACAUAGUGAACUUCGCCCGGUCCAAGGAGAUGCCCAGUCAGAGCGUGUACAAUGAGGUGCAGUUGAUCGUCAACCGAGUGACCGUGUUUCCGGUCACUUUCACGGUGGGCAAGUUUUUCUACAUCACACGCAGCAUUCUCAUCACUCUGGUCAGUGCCCUUUGCACUUAUAUAAUAGUUCUAGUGCAAAUGAGUCCGCAAGUCAUGGAGAACUUCAAUUCAAAAAGCUAAUCUGUGUGUGUGUGUGUAGAAUCUUCCUUUUUCCUCAAAGAAAAGUGGGUGAAUUUAUUUUCUGAAGAAAAAAAAAAAAGAUUAAAAAUAUUUCAAAAAUAGCUUUAAGGAUGCGAAAGAACAAAUGGAUACGCUGAAACAUAAUCAAAAAAUACUUCGUGAAAUUGCUUCAUGGAUAUGAAAGAACAAAUGGAUACGCUAAAUCAAAGAAUACUUUGUGAAUAGCUUUAUUAUGGAUAGAGCGGAACAAAUGGAUACGCUGAAACAAUAUAUAUAUAUAUAUACAUAAACAUGAUAGAUUAUUCUAUUUGUCAUUUGGUAUAAAUGAUGUGCUGUUACAUAUUCGAAUAGAAUAAAUAUAUUCGACGGAGAAAAAAGUUUGUAUUUCUUCAGCGUAUGUUAUUUGAGUAUUUCUAGGAUACGACACCGAGUUUGGAACAGUAAUGCAGUAAGUAAAAUUAUUUCUUUUUUUUUUAUUUACAGAUUCUUGAAAUUUUU